ACGGAACAGCUGAGCUGACUGAGUUUGUCGUUUCUCGUCUGAUUCCUAACGUGGUUGAUGGAAUACAUUUAAUGUUUGUCAUUUUUAUACGAUCUGCAGUACAGUAUUUGAACAGCAAAAAUUGCUCAUCUCUGGAUAUUAGCCACUCAUCUUCCCAGUCUGCUACCAAGAAUCUUCAAGACAAAGGGAAGCACUUCAAAAGAUAGCUAACACGGCAUCAAGAUGGUAGAAGGUGAUGACCCACCGGCUGUGGGUUUCUCCAGUGGAAAUGGAACUGUGCAGAUGAAUGGACAUAGUAAUGAAGCAAGGGCAGAUGGACCUGCUGUGAUUGAUGUCUCCCCCAUACAUGAUGUCCCUGCUAACAAGCAUUCCGAAGGACCGCCUCCACCGGCCUACGCGGACACCGUCAAAGAGAAAAAACAGGAAGAUGGCGAGGAAGAAGAUAAGGAGGAAAAGAAAGAAGCAAAGACAGUUGGCGUGUUUGAAGUGUUUCGGUUUGCUACGGGUCUGGACAUCUUGUUUAUUUUGCUAGCAUUCAUAAUCUCUCUCUGCCACGGCGUUGCCUUACCUGCAGUGCUACUUCUCUUUGGAGAAGUCACAGAUUCGUUCAUCGACACAGCCUCUGCCAACAUAACAGACAUUGGUUCAUCAUUUCAGAGUUCGGUUGACAGUAUUGUGACAUUCUCCAUAUACUAUACCUACCUCGGUUGCGGAGUCCUUGCUUUGGCAUACUUUCAGGUUGCCCUGUGGAACUUAGCAGCAGAGCGACAGAUCCACAAAGUGAGGCUUCGGUUCUUUAACGCCAUUCUCCGUCAGGAGAUAGCCUGGUUUGAUGUCCACAAGGGCGGUGAACUCAACACAAGGCUUGCAGAUGACAUUGACAAGAUCCGGAAUGGCAUUGGUGACAAGCUGGGCAUCAUGCUCCAGUAUACAGCCACCUUCGUCUCUGGUAUUACCAUCGGAUUCGUCAAGAGCUGGAAGCUGACUCUGGUCAUCCUGGCUGUCUCUGCUAUACUCAUUGUACCCUUGGUUGGUGCUACAGGAGUGAUCAUCCAAAAGAUGACCAAGCAAGCCUUGGAUGCCUACGCUAAGGCUGGGGCCAUUGCCGACGAGGUUUUCUCAAGUAUAAGAACCGUGGUUGCCUUCGGUGGCGAGGAAAAAGAAGUUGUCCGAUACGGCAAGAACUUGGAUCAAGCUAAAUCGAAGACCAUCAAGAAGGAUGUGUUCACACUCCUCGCGCAGGGCUUCCUAUUCUUCUCAAUGUUCUCCAGCUAUGCCAUUGCCUUCUGGUACGGCACAGUCCUUUAUUUAGAUGGUGAGAUCACCCCUGGAGACAUUCUUACGACCUUCCUUGCUGUGCUCUUUGGUGCUUUUGCUGUCGGCCAAGCGGGACCAAAUUUUGGAGACUUCACCACGGCCAGGGCUGCAGCGUCUACCAUCUGGGAAGUCAUCGAUCAGGUUCCUACCAUCGAUUGCUUCUCGAACGACGGGAAGAAACCAGAAAAAAUAACCGGUCAGGUGACGUUCGAAGGCGUCCACUUCUCUUACCCAUCCAGAGCAUCUGUCAAGGUGCUCAACGGCGUCAACUUGAAGGUGGACGUUGGAAAGACCGUUGCCAUGGUUGGCAGCAGCGGGUGUGGGAAGAGUACCUGUAUUCAGCUCAUCCAGAGGUUCUACGAUGUAGCUGAUGGAAGCGUCAAGAUUGACGGCAUCGACAUCCGUGACCUCAACGUGAGCUGGCUUCGAGACCACAUCGGUGUCGUCAGCCAGGAGCCAGUCCUGUUUGCCACCACCAUCGAGGAGAACAUCCGCUACGGGCGUCUUGAUGUCACCCAUGACCAGAUAGAGAUGGCCGCCAAGGAAGCCAACGCCCAUGACUUCAUCUCCAAGCUUCCAGAGGGUUACUCAACGUUGGUUGGGGAACGAGGAGCCCAGCUCUCCGGAGGUCAGAAGCAGAGGAUCGCCAUCGCGAGGGCGCUGGUCAGGAACCCAACCAUCCUCCUACUAGAUGAAGCCACCUCGGCUCUGGACACGGAGAGCGAGGCCACGGUGCAGGCUGCCCUGGAAAAGGCCCAGCAUGGUCGAACAACCAUCGUCAUCGCUCACCGUCUCUCUACGAUCGUCAACUCGGACCUCAUCUGCGCCUUCAACGAGGGUGUGAUCGCUGAGCAGGGCACCCACGGUGAGCUGAUGAAGAAUGAGGGCGGUGUUUAUCACACUCUCGUCAUGAAGCAAGGCAUGAAAGAAAACGAGGAUAAGAAGGAGAUUCCGUUGGAGGAUGACGAUGAAGAAGAAGAAGAUGAUGUCAAGGGUGCAAAGGUGUACAGAGCUGGGUCUGGAAAGAAACUGUCACGUAAUCUAUCACGCACACAGUCACAGAUGUCAGGAGAUGAUGAAAAGGAGGAAGAGGAAGAUUAUGAGAAGGAGCUCGAGAAGCACUUUAGUAUGAUGCGAGUUUGGAAGCUGAACACCCCUGAAUGUUGCUUCAUCUUCCUCGGUUGUAUUGGUGCUGCAAUCAACGGGGGUGUCCAACCGGGAUUCGCCGUGGUCUUCAGUAAGAUUCUAGGGGCUUACAGUAUCCAAGACCGAGCUGCCUUGUUUGAUGAAGUGACCAUAUACUGUAUUCUCUUUGCUGUCCUUGGCGUUGCUGCAUUACUAGCUAGUAUCAUUCAGGGUAUUGGAUUUGCCAAAUCUGGAGGUGAACUUACUCUGAGGCUUCGCAGCAUGAUGUUUAGAGCUCUACUCAGACAGAACGUUGCCUUCUUCGAUGACAAGAGGAAUGGAACGGGUGCAUUGACAACCAAAUUGGCCACAGAUGUCUCUCUCAUUCAAGGAGUUACUGGUUUACGACUUGGCAUGCUUUUUGAGGUGUUCUGCAACAUCGGCGUCGGCAUCGUCAUCUCGUUCGUUUACAGCUGGCAGAUUGCGUGCCUCCUUCUCUUCGCCUUUCUGCCGAUCCUGUCACUGGCUGGAAUGAUUGGCUGGAAGAUCUUCCAAGGGAACUCCAUCGGUAGUGCCGGUAGCCAGGCUGAAGUUGGCAAGCUCGUCUCCGAGUGUAUUGAGAAUAUACGAACUGUCCAGUCACUGAAUCGAGGGCAAACCUUCCAUGAGAAGUACUGUGAACUUCAGAAGACCCCUUACAAACAAGGUAUCAAGGGAGCUUUUGCAGCCGGUCUAGCUUUUGGCUUCUCUCAGGCCACCAUCUUCUUUGCCUACUCGGCUACCUUCCGCCUUGGUGCCUACCUCGUUGAGACCGGAGAGCUUUCGUUCACUGAUGUAUUCCUGUCAUUCUCUGCCCUGAUGUUUGGUGCCUUUGGGCUAGGUCGGGCUGCAGGAUCUGUACCAGAUUUCUCCAAGGCUAAAGUGGCUACGGGAGAACUCUUCUAUCUGGUGGACCGUAAGCCGGAAAUUGAUACUUUCAGCGAUGAGGGAGAAAAGCCGGCAAGCUACAGCGGAUCGAUCAGCCUCAAUAACGUCCGGUUCCGCUACCCUACCCGUCCCGAUGUCCCUGUCCUGAGGGGGCUUUCCGUCUCGGUGAACCCUGGGGAAACCCUGGCCCUGGUUGGCAGCAGCGGGUGCGGGAAGAGUACCACCAUACAGCUAGUUGAGAGGUUCUAUGAUCCUCUCUCAGGAUCUCUGAUGUUUGACUCUCACGAAUCCUCGCUGCUCAACACCCGAUGGCAGCGUGCCCAGGUCGGUCUGGUGUCCCAAGAACCCAUUCUCUUUGACCUGUCCAUCGCAGAGAACAUCAAGUAUGGCGACAACUCGCGUGAAGUCUCCAUGGAAGAGUGCAUCGAGGCGGCCAAGAAGUCUAACAUCCAUGACUUUGUGGAUUCGCUCCCCAUGAAAUACGACACCAACGUUGGCUCGAAGGGCACCCAGCUCUCUGGGGGUCAGAAGCAGAGGAUUGCCAUAGCGAGGGCGCUGGUCAGGAACCCCAAGGUCCUGCUGCUGGACGAAGCUACGUCGGCCUUGGACACUGAGAGCGAAAGGGUUGUCCAAGAUGCCUUGGACGAAGCCAAGAAGGGCCGGACGUGCAUCACCAUCGCCCAUCGUCUCUCCACCAUCCACAACGCCGAGAAGAUUGCCGUCAUCCGGGAGGGGAAGCUGGCAGAGUUUGGCAAGCACGAGGAGCUGAUGGCUAUGAAGAUGCAGUACUAUUCGCUCUACACGGCCCAGUCUCUGCAGCAGUGAGCCCCACACUUUGCUUGGCAAGAAGAAACAAGUUUGUUUGGGGAAUUAUCACCAGGGCUCUGUAACACAAAGGUUUGCGAUGAAUCGUAAUAUGAGAGAAUCGCAUAGAUUGGUUCCCAGUGACUAUUUUAAACAGAGUGCGCGUGCACCAAUGAUCUUGAUUGGUCAUCGGUAUUUAGCGAUCGAUUGCAAACCUUUGUGUUACGGAGCCCUGAUCUACCUGCCAUUUGGUCUUUCCCCACUUAGUGUAAUCCUGAACCAUCUGGUUAUUGAGAUCGGUGUAGACCAACUGAAAAUUAACCAAAUCAUCUGAUUUGCUUGAUUGCCUCUUGGCCUACAUCCACUUUGUCUACUUACCAUUUGAUCUCAUUCUACCUGGUCCAAUCCUGGCCACGAUAUGCUGGUAGACAAGGCGUUUUCUCUGUAUUUAAUCUACCCUUGGUCAUGUACAUGUAGAUGAAAAACUAGUGUUUAAAGAUGUGUAUGAAAUGGUAUAGAGUAGAUAACAUUUCUUCAUGUACAUUUAUAUAUUAACACUUUUUCACAUAUAAGUUAUCACACAGUACUUACUAGUUAUCAUUUGUACUCUUGUGUAUUAUCUCUGUCCCUGUUAAUCACUAUUACUCUGUAGGCUGACUUUUGUAGUGGUUCUAUGACAUAUUUUGCAUAGAUAUUUGUAAAAAAUAUAUAUAUAUAUAUUUAAUUUUCUUACGGGCGAAGCACUGCUGCACUUCAAAACCUCUGAACAUACUGAAUAUGGUUAACCCAUGAAUUAAGUCAAGUGCAGCAAGGGAAUUUGGACCAAUUUUCAAAAACUUUAAAAGGAUACUGAAACUUUGAACAAUGUGUUUUCUCAACUACUCACUUACAGGUAACCAGCUACAUGUUGAGAAUAUAUGUAUUAAAUACAAAAAAAAAACAUUCCUGAUACUAAGAUGGGAUGAAGUAUGAGUGAUCUUGCUUUAUUAGCGAGUAACAUGUUUAUAAAUGAAUGAAUGUGGACUUGCUUUUUUUCACAUCCAUAAAGGGAUGAUAUGUCCAGCUGAUUGUUAUGUAUUUAUUCAACUAGAAGUCUAUGAAUUGAAAAACCAAGCUCACAUCCAUUCAAAACCAUAAAACCAAAUGCCUCUACCUCUUCAUAUUAGCAUGUUUUUAAGUCAAAUAUUCACAUUGUAUGUACUUUAGUCUAAAGACUGUAUAUUUGUCCAUAUUACACUUAUAUUUUUAUAUCCGCAAAUAUUUAUCAAUGUGUGCCAACUUUAUAAGCUGCAAAUGGUUGUCAGCUUCACGAAGGAAGUAGGAAUGCACAUAUAUUUUCUCUAUCCUUCAUGUAUUUGUACAUUUUUUGUUGGUUAUACACAUAUUCAUAUUUCUGGCUUGCUCAUCAAGGGUUGCAUUUGUUUCUAAAAGUUGUGACUGAUUCAGACUGUGCUAUAAGUUGUGGUUGAUUUUAAUCUGUAUCAUAGUUGCACUUGCGUCAAAACCGAUCUCAGAGUUGCUAUUGUUUUGAAAUGGGCUCACAGUUGCGAUUGAUUCGAACCAGUAUCGUGACUUUCCUGAGCUGAAUCCUAUUGUGCA